AUUAUAAUACACUGCAAACAUGACGUCAUACGUCGCUUACGUUGCCAACAUAUAACAUUAAUUUAUUGAUAUUGUACGUACAAAAAUGAAAGUUAGAGCAUGUAUAAAGACAAAGUUAUUGUGCCACACACACAUGUAAAUACAGUUUACAUAGUACACCAUUCAAAAAACUUCAUACUGUAGAAAGAAUCGUACAGUUCACAACUCUACUAUUUCACGGCGCAGAUACAAGUUGAUAGCGCGCGAGAAACCAUAGGCCUGCGCAGCAACUUGUGUUGGUUACAAAAAUGGCUGCAAAUCAGGAUCAAUUCCAACAAGUGCUAGAUACUCUUUUAAGCACUGAUAAUAAUAUUCGAACUCAGGCAGAGGAGGCAUACAACAAUCUCCCGGUCGAAUCUAAGGUUACAUUUCUUCUCAGCUCGGUCCACAAUGCAGCGAUGGGGGAGGAACUCAGGCAGAUGGCUGCUGUACUUUUACGACGAUUGUUCUCCGCAGAAUUCAUGGAUUUCUUUCCAAAGUUGUCACCAGAGGGACAACAGCAGCUAAAGGAGCAAGUGUUGCUGGCAGUACAGCAAGAAGAGUCAGACUCAAUACGCAAAAAAGUUUGUGAUGUGGCAGCAGAGGUGGCCCGUAACCUACUUGAUGAAGAUGGAAACAACCAGUGGCCAGAAUUUCUUCAGUUUCUGUUCCAGUGUGCAAAUGCACCAACUCCUGUUCUGAAAGAAAGUGCACUGCGCAUGUUCACGUCUGUUCCUGGUGUUUUUGGAAACCAGCAGUCUCACUAUUUGGAUCUUAUUAAGCAAAUGAUGCAACAAUCCCUUAUUGAAGGUGCAGGUUAUGAAGUUCGGUUCCAAGCUGUUCGUGCUGUUACAGCAUUUAUAAUGCUCCAUGAGAAGGAAGCUCCAAUUCAGAAACACUUUUCUGACUUAUUACCUAGUAUGGUGCAGGUGACAGCUGAGAGCAUUGAAAAACAAGAUGAUGACACAUUACUGAAGUGUAUGAUUGAUAUUUGCGAAUCUGCACCCAAGUUUCUCAGACCACAACUAGACUGCAUUCUUGACCUCUGCAUGAAAGUAGUUUCAAAUGAUGAUAUACCAGAUUCUUGGAGACACUUGGCACUGGAGGUGAUGGUAACAUUGGCAGAAACAGCACCAGCAAUGCUGCGCAAAGUUGGGGCCAAAUACAUCCCAUUACUAGUACCCCAGGUGCUUAAAAUGAUGACUGACAUAGAGGAUAAUUCUGAUUGGAGUGUGUCUGAUGAAAUCGUAGAUGACGAUAAUGACAGCAACACAGUUGUAGCUGAAUCAGCAUUGGAUCGACUGUCAUGUGGUCUUGGUGGCAAGACCAUGAUGCCACACGUGGAACAAAACAUCCCAGGCAUGCUUUCCAACCAUGACUGGAGAUACAGGCAUGCAGCUUUGAUGGCCUUGUCAGCUGUAGGCGAAGGUUGUCAUAAGCAAAUGGAAGCAAUGUUGCCCCAAAUUAUGGAUGGAGUUCUCAGUUUUUUGCAAGAUCCUCAUCCGCGGGUGAGAUAUGCAGCCUGCAAUGCUAUUGGCCAAAUGUCGACAGAUUUUGCUCCACUCUUUGAAAAGAAGUUCCAUGAUAAAGUUGUGCCUGGACUUCUUAUGGUCCUAGAUGAUAAUGCUAACCCAAGAGUUCAGGCACAUGCAGGGGCUGCACUUGUAAAUUUCAGUGAAGAUUGUCCAAAAAACAUCCUCACCCAGUAUCUUGAUGCCAUCAUGAGUAAACUGGAAUCUAUACUGAGCACAAAAUUUAAGGAGUUAGUGGAAAAAGGCACAAAACUUGUGCUAGAACAAGUUGUAACAACAAUUGCUUCUGUUGCGGACACAUCAGAGGAGCAGUUUGUGAAAUAUUAUGAUGGCUUGAUGCCCUGCCUUAAAUAUAUUAUCCAGAAUGCGAAUACAGAGGAACUGAAGAUGCUUCGUGGGAAAGCUAUUGAAUGUGUUAGUCUUAUUGGAUUGGCAGUUGGUGCUGAUAAGUUUAUGCGUGAUGCAAGUGAAGUUAUGGACAUGUUGCUGAAGACACAGACAGAAGGAGAUUUACAGGACGAUGAUCCUCAGACUUCAUAUCUCAUCUCUGCCUGGGCAAGGAUAUGCAAGAUACUAGGGAAACAAUUCGAACAAUAUCUACCUUUAGUGAUGGGCCCUGUAAUGAAAGCUGCAUCUAUGAAGCCUGAAGUUGCCCUUCUUGACAAUGAGGAUAUGCAAGGCAUUGAGGGAGACAUUGAUUGGCAGUUUGUCUCUCUUGGGGAGCAGCAGAACUUUGGGAUUAAAACAUCAGGUCUGGAAGACAAAGCUUCAGCUUGUGAGAUGUUGGUUUGUUAUGCCCGAGAGUUAAAGGAAGGCUUUGCAGACUAUGCAGAAGAAGUGGUGAAGCUGAUGGUUCCUAUGCUCAAAUUUUAUUUUCAUGAUGGUGUAAGAACAGCUGCUGCAGAGAGUUUACCAUACCUGCUUGAUUGUGCCAAAAUCAAAGGUCCACAGUAUCUGCAAGGGAUGUGGAGCUUCAUCUGUCCUGAACUACUCAAAGCCAUUGAUACAGAGCCUGAGAAUGAAGUAUUGGCUGAACACAUGCACUCCUUAGCUAUGUGCAUAGAGACACUGGGAAAUGGGUCCCUGACAGAAGAAGCAAUGGCUGAACUGAUACGUAUCUUGGACAAGAUUAUGAAGGACCACUUCAGUAAAGCAGCAGCACGUCAAGAAAAACGAAAGGAUGAGGAUUAUGAUGAGGUUGUAGAAGAGCAGCUUGAGGAUGAAGACAAUGAAGAUGUUUAUAUCUUCAGCAAAGUUGCAGACGUAAUUCAUUCACUCUUUUUGACGUACAAACUCAACUUUUAUCCAUACUUCGACCAGAUAGUUGGCCACUUUGUUAAAUGCUUGGCACCAGAAAUGCCAUGGCCCGACCAUCAGUGGGCUCUUUGCAUCUUUGAUGACACAAUAGAAUAUGGUGGACCAGCCUGUGCCAAGUACCAAGAGUAUUUUCUUCGGCCCUUGUUGAACUAUGUGUCUGACAAGGCAGCAGAAGUUAGGCAGGCGGCUGUGUAUGGUUGGGGUGUUCUUGGACAGUUUGGUGGUGAUGCUUUUGCUGGUGCUUGUAGUGAGGCCAUACCACGCCUGGUGGAGAUAAUAACAGACCCAGAGUCUCGUUCCCCAGAGAAAAUCAAUCCAACUGAGAAUGCUAUCUCGGCAAUUACUAAAAUACUGAAAUAUAACAACUCGGCACUCAAUGUUAAUGACAUCUUACCACACUGGUUGUCAUGGUUGCCUGUGUGGGAAGAUGAUGAUGAAUCUCCACAUGUGUAUGGCUACCUAUGUGAUUUGAUUGAGACAAAUCAUCCACUAAUCCUAGGUCCAAAUCAUGUCAACUUACCCAAAUUAAUAGCCAUAAUUGCUGAAGCAUUUGCAAGAGAUGCUAUUGAUGUGGAACAUGAAGUUGCAAAGAGAAUGGUUGGAUUGGUGAGACAGAUCCAGGGAAACAGUGAAGUGUUUCAAGCAUGUAUCACACAGCUGACAAGUGAACAACAGCAAGCACUGCAUGAAGUUCUCAGUGUUAAUUGACCUUCAAGCAGAUACCAAAACCUAUACUAAAAACUACAAGUGAUAAACUGUUUAAUAAAAUUGCAGGUGCAGUGACAUUGCACCAAGAAUGGGAUCCUUCUUGUUAAUCAGUUAUGUAUUUAUGUUGCCUGUUAAAUACUACUGCAGUAGAGUAAAAUUCAGAGUAAAUUAUUGAUUGGACAAAUUUGUCAUCUACAUAUUUGUUAAAUUUAAUGUGUGACAGUACUACCACAGAAAUGUGUUAAAGAAAUUGUGACACACAGGUAAGCAACACUACUUUCUUUGUUGUAUUUAUGUAUACAUAAUGACAGUUCGAUGAAACAAGUUUUAUGAGAAAUUGUUUUGGGUAUAUUCAUUUUAAACCCAGAAGACAUUUUUAUUUUCAGUUUUGUAUAAUUGUAGAGUUUAUAUCUACCUUAUUAUUUUCAUUUUCAUACUGUUUUGCUAUUAUUUUUGGCUCUGUUUAUUUUGAAUUUUACCAUUAUAACUGGUGAGAUAUGUCUACGAUAGUUUACAAUUUCUGUAUAAAGUAUGCAUCAUUUGUAAACAGAUCUGUGAUAGCAAUUUUAUCUGCAAAAAAAAUCACCCUUCUUUUGCUUUAUAUACUUAUUAUAUAUAAAAACAAGGUAGAUACGACUUGGUGAGUGCAUAAUGUUGGAAUUGGAGGUGAAGACAAUUUCAACAUAUAGGAGCUCAUUUAUAUUCUGCUUAAUUGUACUUUCCUCCCCUUGUUUUGCAUAUAAUAAACAUUACACGAAAGCAUAUAUUUUUAUAUUCACAAGCAUCUUGAUGUUUGCCUGUGCUGUUAUGUGUGAUAUGGGAAAAUGUAAGACGUUGCGUACAUAAUACAAUUUAUGUAUGUUACGAAAUGUAUUGUAUACUUUUAGAGUUCUGAACACUGGGCUUUUCAUUUUGUUGAUGUGUUUGGAUAUACUUAGAAAGUAACUGCAGUGUUUAAGAAUUUCUUAAUGUACAGUCAUUUUUAUGAUUGUCAUCAGACUGAAAUAUAAUGUAUUUUUUAUUAGUAAAGAAUUUAAAUCCUU